AUGGGGUAUAAAUACAGCCCGGAAAUUUUGCAUACCAUCACAAGGGUUUUGGCGGGUGACCCCGGGGUUGUUAAACCGCGGUUCGCAGCCACGGCGGAAUUAACACUACACGUGUGGAUUGACAAUCUGCGUAUCACAGGGCCACGUAAAAGAGUUGGGUUGUGGGGGAACACUAUUAUGGGAAAUAUGCGCGAUUGCGGUGCGACGGUGGGAGGGCACGAGACCCUCACAGCGCGUUAUGAAUUUAUAGGGGUCUGUUUUGACCAUACGGCUAAGACGGUAUCCCUCAGUGACAAAACGUUGCGGAAAUUGAGGGGAGUCACGCACCCCACAAGAUUUAGGUGGGGGAAUUGGAAAGCCUUACGUCGCAUGUGA